AUGAAUAACUGCCUCAUCAAGGGAACUUUAUUUGCGGCCGAUGGCGCUUUUCGUAAUAUUGGAAAGAGCCGCCAUAAGGACCCGCCGUGGUCUUUUCUUUUUGCUAAUGUUAAGGGCACCAUUGUGGGAAGAGGUACGAAUAACCCCGAGUGCUUGUCGUGUCUAGAAGAUUCCAAUCUUCUUCCUUCUUCUUCCUUCAUUGCCUCUGGCUUUAUUCCGGAGAGAGACCACUGCAUUAUCACUUGUGCUGGUUGGAAAGCAUGUGCCUUCUUUGUGCAGGAAGCAGGAGUGGAAGUUCAUCCUCAUGGGGACUUGAAUACAGAAGCAGAGAGAAAAUUAGGCCAGCUUGUUUUAGAGAAGUAUGGGACUGAGUUUUACAUUCUUCAUCGCUAUCCAUUGGCUGUUAGGCCCUUCUACACCAUGCCAUGCUAUGAUGAUGCAAAGUACAGCAACUCGUUUGAUGUCUUUAUUCGAGGUGAGGAAUUAAUUUCGGGGGCUCAACCGUAUCCAUGUACCAGAGUUGUUAGAAGAAACGUGCACGUGCAAAGGCCUGUGUUGUGCUGUUGA